GGUCCGCCUCGUUUGGUUCCGUCAAUGGUGCCGUCUCCAACGUUGUGCUGGUUUCCUGGAAAAUUGGAAGAGGUUUGGCAACGUGUCGUAGGAGAUAAAGAUGGUGAGAAAGCAGAUGGAGGAGGACGAGCAGCUGGCCACGCUGAUGAGAGGACUUCGAGGUCAAAACCUCACCGACGUUCAGUUUCAGAUGAGAACAUCCGGCUUCGUCUUGUCGAGGUACCAGCUGUGAACAGCAAUGAAGCAUUGCCACUUGUGUAUGAUCCUGACAUAAUUGCAUCCUACUGGGGAAAGCGCCCUAGAGCUGUUUCCACACGGAUUAUACAGCUGCUGUCUGUAGCAGGUGGCUUUCUGUCUCAUUUAGCUUGGGACUUGAUUAACAAGAAGAUCGCAGAGGUUCCUUCAUUUCCAGAUGAUGUUGUGAUGGCCCUUAUUGAAGAAGAACUUGGGCAGCCUUGGUGUAAAAUCUACUCUGAACUGACACCAUCCCCAAUUGCUGCUGCAUCUCUGGGACAAGUUUACAAGGGUUGCCUAAAAGAAACUGGCGAGUUGGUGGCCGUCAAAGUACAGCGGCCUUUUGUUCUGGAGACUGUCACCAUAGAUCUCUUCAUUAUUCGUAAACUGGGACUGUUUUUGCGAAGAUUUCCUCAGGAUGAAUGGGCUGCCCGCAUUUUUGAAGAACUUGAUUAUGUAAAUGAAGGAGAAAAUGGAACUCGCUUUGCUGAAAUGAUGAGAGAAGACCUUCCUCAGGUAUAG